AUGGUGACUUCCAGUAACAGUAACAGUGACUAUGAUUAUGAGUAUUCCUCCAGUUUGUCGGACGAGGAUUCCAAGGUUCCAGAGAUGAAGAUUUCUAUAGCAAAAUCUCGCGCCAAGAUGGACCAUUCUGCGGAAAUGAAAUGCGGCGUACCCCUUAACAACCGUAGAGUAACUCGGGAGGAACUCUUGAAAAGGAAAGAUGAAGAUGACAUGUUAGCUGAUCGUCGACAACGAAGGGACCGAAUCCAGCGUCGGAUAUCAGCAGCUGAGGAGAAGCUUCAAUCUUGUGCUGAGGGUGUAGCUUCAGACUCGGAUGCUUCGAAAGAAGAACCCGUAUGGGUGCUACCGGAGCGCAAAAUCAAGCCAGACCGGCGCACUAGGGAGAUUGAGAGGUUGGUUCAAGCCGACCUUGAAGCUGAGCGUGAAGAAGAAGAUUACUGGGAGUACAGUGAUCUUGAUAUUCAUCCGGACUUCGUCAAUAGCCCUAAUAAUGAUUCUGAUGAAGAACUCGAAAAGGAUUCCUCAAAGAACGAUGAUGAUGAAUCUGAUGAUUCUGACAAAUCUGAUGACUCUGACGAAUCUGACGAUUAA